GAAGAAGGCUGAGAUCGAGACGGAGUACUCCAGGAACCUGGAGAAACUAGCCGAGAGGUUCAUGGCCAAGACACGCAGCACCAAGGACCACCAGCAGUACAAGUAAGAGGAUGGUGUGUGUGUGUGUGUGUGUGUGUGUGUGUGUGUGUGUGUGUGUGUGUGUGUGUGUGUGUGCAUAGCUCAUGUGUUUAAGCGUAAACAAAUCAAAUCACAUUUUAUUGGUCACAUACACGUGUUUAGCAGAUGUUAUUGUGGGUGUAGCAAAAUGCUUGUGCUUCUAGCUCCGACAGUGCAGUAAUAUCUAACAAGUAAUAUCCAACAAUUUCACAACAUAUACACACAAAUCUAAGUAAGGAAUUAAUUAAGAAUAUAUACAUACAUUGAGGGAAAAAGUAUUUGAUCCCCUGCUGAUUUUGUACGUUUGCCCACUGACAAAGACAUGAUCAGUCUAUAAUUUUAAUGGUAGGUUUAUUUGAACAGUGAGAGACAGAAUAACAACAAAGAAAUCCAGAAAAACGCAUGUCAAAAACGUUAUAAAUUGAUUUGCAUUUUAAUGAGGGAAAUAAGUAUUUGACCCCUCAGCAAAACAUGACUUAGUACUUGGUGGCAAAACCCUUGUUGGCAAUCACAGAGGUCAGAUGUUUCUUGUAGUUGGCCACCAGGUUUUCACACAUCUCAGGAGGGAUUUUGUUCCACUCCUCUUUGCAGAUCUUCUCCAAGUCAUUAAGGUUUCGAGGCUGACGUUUGGUAACUCGAACCUUCAGCUCCCUCCACAGAUUUUCUAUGGGUUUAAGGUCUGGAGACUGGCUAGGCCACUCCAGGACAUUAAUGUGCUUCUUCUUGAGCCACUCAUUUGUUGCCUUGGCCGUGUGUUUUGGGUCAUUAUCAUGCUGGAAUACCCAUCCACGACCCAUUUUCAAUGCCCUGGCUGAGGGAAGGAGGUUCUCACCCAAGAUUUGAUGGUACAUGGCCCCGUCCAUCGUCCCUUUCAUGCGGUGAAGUUGUCCUGUCCCCUUAGCAGAAAAACACCCCCAAAGCAUAAUGUUUCCACCUCCAUGUUUGACGGUGGGGAUGGUGUUCUUGGGGUCAUAGGCAGCAUUCCUCCUCUUCCAAACACGGCGAGUUGAGUUGAUGCCAAAGAGCUCCAUUUUGGUCUCAUCUGACCACAACACUUUCACCCAGUUCUCCUCUGAAUCAUUCAGAUGUUCAUUGGCAAACUUCAGACGGCCCUGUAUAUGUGCUUUCUUGAGCAGGGGGACCUUGCGGGCGCUGCAGGAUUUCAGUCCUUCACGACGUAGUGUGUUACCAAAUGUUUUCUUGGUGACUAUGGUCCCAGCUGCCUUGAGAUCAUUGACAAGAUCCUCCCGUGUAGUUCUGGGCUGAUUCCUCACCGUUCUCAUGAUCAUUGCAACUCCACGAGGUGAGAUCUUGCAUGGAGCCCCAGGCAGAGGGAGAUUGACAGUUAUUUUUUGUUUCUUACAUUUGCGAAUAAUCGCACCAACUGUUGUCACCUUCUCACCAAGCUGCUUGGCGAUGGUCUUGUAGCCCAUUUCAGCCUUGUGUAGGUCUACAAUCUUGUCCCUGACAUCCUUGGAGAGCUCUUUGGUCUUGGCCAUGGUGGAGAGUUUGGAAUCUGAUUGAUUGAUUGCUUCUGUGGACAGGUGUCUUUUAUACAGGUAACAAGCUGAGAUUAGGAGCACUCCCUUUAAGAGUGUGCUCCUAAUCUCAGCUCGUUACCUGUAUAAAAGACACCUGGGAGCCAGAAAUCUUUCUGAUUGAGAGGGGGUCAAAAACGUAUUUCCCUCAUUAAAAUGCAAAUCAAUUUAUAACAUUUUUGACAUGCGUUUUUUUGUUGUUAUUCUGUCUCUCACUGUUCAAAUAAACCUCCCAUUAAAAUUAUAGACUGAUAAUUUCUUUGUCAGUGGGCAAACGUACAAAAUCAGCAGGGGAUCAAAUACUUUUUUCCCUCACUGUAAACAUUAUUAAAUUGGCUAGUGUUCCAUUUCUUAAAGUGCCCAGUGAUUUCUAGUCUAUGUCUAUAGGCGGCAACCUCUAAUGUGCUAGUGAUAGCUGUUUAACAGUCUGAUGGCCUUGAGAUAGAAGCUGUUUUUCAGUCUCUCGGUCCCAGCUUUGAUGCACCUGUACUGACCUCGCCUUCUGGAUGAUAGCGGGGUGAACAGGCAGUGGCUCGGGUGGUUGAUGUCCUUGAUUAUCUUUUUGGCCUUCCUGUGACAUCGGGUGCUGUAGGUGUCCUGGAGGGCGGGUAGUUUGCCCCAGGUAAUGUAUUGUGCAGACCGCACCACCCUCUGGAGAGCCUUGCGGUUGCGGGUGGUGCAGUUGCCAUACCAGGAGGUUUGUGUUGAUUUGAGUACAACCUCCCCGAUCUUUCUCUCUCCUACAGAAAGGACCAGAACUUGCUGUCUCCAGUUAACUGCUGGUACCUGCUGCUGAACCAGGUAAUGAAUGUGUUUGUGUUUGUUUGCAUGGGUGCUCAAUCCUGAAGGCACAUAUUGCUGACAUGUUGGUUCUCUUCAUUAAAUAGUUGACUGUGUUUAGGCAAUGUAAACACAUGAUCUAUCUCUCUCUUCAGGUGAGGAGAGAGAGUAAGGACCACGCCACCCUCAGUGACCUCUACCUGAACAACGUCAUCACCCGCCUCACCCACAUCAGCGACGACUCUGCCCGCCUGCUCAAAAGAGUGAGCCAAUUACAGCCUCUUCUCAUGCACGUGUCACAUCAUCAGGGGUCAGAGUUCAAAGAUGAUGUUCCCAAGGGAAUAGAGGGUUUUAUAGCUUUAACGACAAUUCUGUUAGUAUGAGAGGGAGCUAGAAGAGGACUAGAAGAGUUAACGUUUUCUAAUGAAAUGUAAAGGCUUAUAUUUCCCCCUGUGUAUUUUCCGAGAAGCCUCUUGGUUUGAGAGGGAGCUAUAAAAGGAGCCACAAAGAGUUAACCUGAUGGGUUUUAAUCAAAAGUACAGAAGCGGCACACAUUUCCCCCUGUGUAUGUUCAAAGAAGCCUGCCUCCGAGUACUGUAGAACAAGUUAAACACACACACACAAACCUCUUCCGAGUUUAGCUCAUCAUGUUCAUUAUUCAUCUCUCUGUGGCUCCUGUUUUAUUAAUGAGAGCUAAAGUGCUGAGAUACCUGCUAGCUAGUAGCUACAUACAGUACACCUAGACAUAGAGUCUUAGUAACUGUGUUAUAACUGCUUAUGAAGCCAGGGGCGCAACUUUGGUUUUAGAAGUGGUGGGGACAAUUUAUUUUUAUAUUUUUUUCCAGUCUGAUAAACACUCCAAACAGCCUACCCGACCGCUCGGAGGCGUCCGCAUGGUCCUAAAGCACAUUGUUGCCUCGUUUUGUAUUACAUUACAAUGAUAAAACUGGGGGGGACAAAAAAUAAAAAUAAAAAACCCGUCCCCAGUGAAAGUUGCGCCCCUGUAUUAAGCUCUAGCACACAGAUGACACUUGUCAGUCACUGUGAGUGAGCCCAGGAUGACACCGGCUGGUGACCAUGACAACACUGCGUUUCUGACAGCCUGGUGUCCAUGGUGACAGACUCAGCUGGUCCGCCUCACAGUGAGAAGGCUAGUGGAAUGGGAUUCAUCAAGGCUAGUGGAAUGGGAUUAAUCCAUUCUGGGAUUUCAGAGUCAUUUGGCUUAAUGCAAUAUUAAUGCUGUACAGAAUACUAUAACUCAAACUCCCAAACUGGAAGGAGCUGUUUAAUACAUGAGAAGGACUCAGACACACACACACACACACACGAGCUACAGCCUGGCUCCUGCCACUAUAUUUUUUAUUUAUGGAUUCAUCUGUUCAUGGAUUGAUUGCUUUAUUCAUAUGCCUUCUUUAUCUGAUUAUGAAACGUUUCUCAUUUGCAGUGUAUUUCUACAGUGGGGAGAACAAGUAUUUGAUACACUGCCGAUUUUGCAGGUUUUCCUACUUACAAAGCAUGAAGAGGUCUGUAAUUUGUAUCAUAGGUACACUUCAACUGUGAGAGACGGAAUCUAAAACAAAAAUCCAGAAAAUCACAUUGUAUGAUUUUUAAGUAAUUCAUUUGCAUUUUAUUGCAUGACAUAAGUAUUUGAUACAUCAGAAAAGCAGAACUUAAUAUUUGGUACAGAAACCUUUGUUUGCAAUUACAGAGAUCAUACGUUUCCUGUAGGUCUUGACCAGGUUUGCACACACUGCAGCAGGGAUUUUGGCCCACUCCUCCAUACAGACCUUCUCCAGAUCCUUCAGGUUUCGGGGCUGUCGCUGGGCAAUAUGGACUUUCAGCUCCCUCCAAAGAUUUUCUAUUGGGUUCAGGUCUGGAGACUGGCUAGGCCACUCCAGGACCUUGAGAUGCUUCUUACGGAGCCACUCCUUAGUUGCCCUGGCUGUGUGUUCUGGUCGUUGUCAUGCUGGAAGACCCAGCCUCGACACAUCUUCAAUGCUCUUACUGAAGGAAGGAGGUUGUUGGCCAAGAUCUCGCGAUACAUGGCCCCAUCCAUCCUCCCCUCAAUACGGUGCAGUCGUCCUGUCCCCUUUGCAGAAAAGCAUCCCCAAAGAAUGAUGUUUCCACCUCCAUGCUUCACGGUUGGGAUGGUGUUCUUGGGGUUGUACUCACCUUCUUCUUCCUCCAAACACGGCGAGUGGAGUUUAGACCAAAAAGCUCUAUUUUUGUCUCAUCAGACCACAUGACCUUCUCCCAUUCCUCCUCUGGAUCAUCCAGAUGGUCAUUGGCAAACUUCAGACGGGCCUGGACAUGCGCUGGCUUGAGCAGGGGGACCUUGCAUGCGCUGCAGGAUUUUAAUCCAUGACGGCGUAGUGUGUUACUAAUGGUUUUCUUUGAGACUGUGGUCCCAGCUCUCUUCAGGUCAUUGACCAGGUCCUGCCGUGUAGUUCUGGGCUGAUCCCUCACCUUCCUCAUGAUCAUUGAUGCCCCACGAGGUGAGAUCUUGCAUGGAGCCCCAGACCGAGGGUGAUUGACCGUCAUCUUGAAUUUCUUCCAUUUUCUUAUAAUUGCGCCAACAGUUGUUGCCUUCUCACCAAGCUGCUUGCCUAUUGUCCUGUAGCCCAUCCCAACCUUGUGCAGGUCUACAAUUUUAUCCCUGAUGUCCUUACACAGCUCUCUGGUCUUGGCCAUUGUGGAGAGGUUGGAGUCUGUUUGAUUGAGUGUGUGGACAGGUGUCUUUUAUACAGGUAACGAGUUCAAACAGGUGCAGUUAAUACAGGUAAUGAGUGGAGAACAGGAGGGCUUCUUAAAGAAAAACUAACAGGUCUGUGAGAGCCGGAAUUCUUACUGGUUGGUAGGUGAUCAAAUACUUAUGUCAUGCAAUAAAACGCAAAUGAAUUACUUAAAAAUCAUACAAUGUGAUUUUCUGGAUUUUUGUUUUAGAUUCCAUCUCUCACAGUUGAAGUGUACCUAUGAUAAAAAUUACAGACCUCUACAUGCAUUGUAAGUAGGAAAACCUGCAAAAUCGGCAGUGUUUCAAAUACUUGUUCUCCCCACUGUAUAUCCUACAGAGUUCUCCUCCCUUCUCCACUCUGUGUUGAUGAAAUAUCUCUCUCCUCCUCUCUCUCUUCCUCCAUACCUCCUCUCGUCUAUCCUCUCUGCUCUCCUCCUCCUCUCCCCUCCCUCCUCUCUCAGAGUAAAGAGAUCACCUUUCAGCUGCAGGAGGACUUGAUGAAACUCCUUAAUGAACUCUACACCGUAAGUGACAUCAUCAAUAACUGCCACACACAGUGUCCAUUAAACAUAUAACUUUAGGGAGUUGCAAGCUUUUUUUACUGUCACUUUUCCUGUGCUUAAACAAUACAUCAUCAACAACUGCCACACUUCAUUUUAAACAUUGCAACAUGAACUUUGAGGAAUGAGUCACUUUUUCUGUGCUUUACCAAUACUUGUAAUUUCAGCAAAAUGCUCCAAAGGAAAGUUGCUGAUUGGAGUGUUUAGUUAAGUGAAGGCUUGGCAGCCUUAAAAGCUUCUGGUGUAAAUAAAUAAACACAUGAGCUAGCAAGAACUUAGAGAGGGGACAGGUCUGUUCCUACCCUCACAGGGGGAAGGGAGGUUUAGGGUGGGUGCAACUCUGCCAAUUGUGGGCAACAUUUAUCAGGUGCAUUUCUAUAGGUGAUUGUGGUAUCAGCAGUAAGGUCAUGUUCAGUAGGCACGAAACAGGAGAAAACACUUUCAAAUGAUUGAGGUACUACCUGAACUUGUCCAAUGAGGAGCAUUCUUUCUGCUCUCCAUGUCAAAACAUUUCCGUCCAUUAGUGCCUUCUGAACACGACCCAGACGAUUUGCCUGGGCAGAGUUGUUGACAGAUGGAUGCAUUGUGGGCUGUGGUUGCUAGGUGAUGAAGACAUACCACAUGUACCAUGGGGAGACGCUGAACGCGGAGACCAAGCUGAGGGAUGCCGAGCGUCAGGUGGGGCCUGGAGGGGGGGUGGAGCCGUUAUUCGGCAUGCGUAUAGAGGAACGUCACCAGAGACGCAACGCCGCCCGCAAGAUGGAGAAGAUGAGGGAGAAGGUACGGAGACCCCUGAGGGACAGACCUCAGACAUGCACCCUCUCCUUUCCUGCAUUAAUUUAGAUUUUUUAAGAGUCUCUAAAAAGUCUCUAACUUUUCCUUUCUCCCCACCUUCCUUCUCUCUCGCUCUCUCUGCUCUCACUCUCCUCCCUCUGGUCUCUCUCUCUCUCUCUGUCGCUCUCUCUCCAGAGGAAGGCUAAGUACUCUGAGAACAAGCUGAAGUCUCUGAAGGCCAGGAACGAGUACCUGCUGACGAUGGAGGCCACCAACUCCUCCGUGUUCAAAUACUACAUCCACGACCUGCCCGAUAUCAUAGACGUGAGUACACACACACACACACACACACACACACUAACACAAACAAGCCUAUUCAGUAGAUUUCACUAUUACCUAAGAAGUGUUGGCAAAAAGUGUUAGAAGCUGUGUGUCUUUCUUUCUCUAACACAUUACCAUCUCAUCUCUCUCUCCCUCAGUGUUGUGACCUGGGGUACCACUCCAGUCUGAGUCGUGCGUUGAAGACCUACCUGUCUGCAGAGCUGAGUCUGGAGGCCUCCAGGCGGACAGGGUUGGAGGUACUGGAGGGGGCCGUGGAAGGCCUGGAUCCUGCCCGAGACAGACAGCGCCUGCUGGGCCUCUACCCCACCGCCUUCUGCCCCCCACCAUGCUUCAGCUUCCAGCCCCACAUGGGGGACCCGGUGAGUGCGCAAAAGUGCAAAAACACACAAGCACGCAUGCACACACACACACACUCUCACAGACAGAUGUACACAUACAGUACACACACACACACACCGGGUAGGCGCCCGGUCAUGCUGUGUGUUGUUCCUGUUUCCUGUCAGGUGACCCAGAUAGCCGCCCAGCCACAGGUGCAGGCAGAGCUCACAUCUAGGCUGCAGCAGCUCCAGUCACGCCUCUCCACCCUGAAGAUAGAGAACGAGGAGGUGAGACACACAUUUAUCACACAGUCAUAUGUACUUCAGUUUCCCAGUGUGCUUUGCUGUAGAGGUGAGACCAGACAUACACUGCUCAAAAAAAUAAAGGGAACACUUAAACAACACAUCCUAGAUCUGAAUGAAUGAAAUAAUCUUAUUAAAUACUUUUUUCUUUACAUACAGUGGGGGAAAAAAAGUAUUUAGUCAGCCACCAAUUGUGCAAGUUCUCCCACUUAAAAAGAUGAGAGAGGCCUGUAAUUUUCAUCAUAGAUACACGUCAACUAUGACAGACAAAUUGAGAAAAAAAAAUCCAGAAAAUAACAUUGUAGGAUUUUUUAUGAAUUUAUUUGCAAAUUAUUGUGGAAAAUAAGUAUUUGGUCACCUACAAACAAGCAAGAUUUCUGGCUCUCACAGACCUGUAACUUCUUCUUUAAGAGGCUCCUCUGUCCUCCACUCGUUACCUGUAUUAAGGGCACCUGUUUGAACUUGUUAUCAGUAUAAAAGACACCUGUCCACAACCUCAAACAGUCACACUCCAAACUCCACUAUGGCCAAGACCAAAGAGCUGUCAAAGGACACCAGAAACAAAAUUGUAGACCUGCACCAGGCUGGGAAGACUGAAUCUGCAAUAGGUAAGCAGCUUGGUUUGAAGAAAUCAACUGUGGGAGCAAUUAUUAGGAAAUGGAAGACAUACAAGACCACUGAUAAUCUCCCUCGAUCUGGGGCUCCACGCAAGAUCUCACCCCGUGGGGUCAAAAUGAUCACAAGAACGGUGAACAAAAAUCCUAGAACCACACGGGGGACCUAGUGAAUGACCUGCAGAGAGCUGGGACCAAAGUAACAAAGCCUACCAUCAGUAACACACUACGCCGCCAGGGACUCAAAUCCUGCAGUGCCAGACGUGUCCCCCUGCUUAAGCCAGUACAUGUCCAGGCCCGUCUGAAGUUUGCUAGAGUGCAUUUGGAUGAUCCAGAAGAGGAUUGGGAGAAUGUCAUAUGGUCAGAUGAAACCAAAAUAGAACUUUUUGGUAAAAUCUCAACUCGUCGUGUUUGGAGGACAAAGAAUGCUGAGUUGCAUCCAAAGAACACCAUACCUACUGUGAAGCAUGGGGGUGGAAGCAUCAUGCUUUGGGGCUGUUUUUCUGCAAAGGGACCAGGACGACUGAUCCGUGUAAAGGAAAUAAUGAAUGGGCCAUGUAUCGUGAGAUUUUGAGUGAAAACCUCCUUCCAUCAGCAAGGGCAUUGAAGAUGAAACGUGGCUGGGUCUUUCAGCAUGACAAUGAUCCCAAACACACCGCCCGGGCAGCGAAGGAGUGGCUUCGUAAGAAGCAUUUCAAGGUCCUGGAGUGGCCUAGCCAGUCUCCAGAUCUCAACCCCAUAGAAAAUCUUUGGAGGGAGUUGAAAGUCUGUGUUGCCCAGCGACAGCCCCAAAACAUCACUGCUCUAGAGGAGAUCUGCAUGGAGGAAUGGGCCAAAAUACCAGCAACAGUGUGUGAAAACCUUGUGAAGACUUAGAGAAAACGUUUGACCUGUGUCAUUGCCAACAAAUGGUAUAUAACAAAGUAUUGAGAAACUUUUGUUAUUGAACAAAUACUUAUUUUCCACCAUAAUUUGCAAAUAAAUUCAUUAAAAAUCCUACAAUGUUAUUUUCUGGAUUUUUUUUCCUCAUUUUGUCUGUCAUAGUUGACGUGUACCUAUGAUGAAAAUUACAGGCCUCUCUCAUCUUUUUAAGUGGGAGAACUUGCACAAUUGGUGGCUGACUAAAUACUUUUUUGCCCCAUUGUAGUUGAAUGUGCUGACAACAAAAUCACACAAAAAUUAUCAAUGGAAAUCAAAUUUAUCAACCCAUGGAGGUCUGGAUUUGGAGUCACCCUCAAGAUUAAAGUGGAAAAUUACACUACAGGCUGAUCCAACUUUGAUGUAAUGUCCUUAAAACAAGUCAAAAUGAGGCUCAGUAGUGUGUGUGGCCUCCACGUGCCUGUAUGACCUCCCUACAACGCCUGGGCAUGCUCCUGAUGAGGUGGCGGAUGGUCUCCUGAGGGAUCUCCUCCCAGACCUGGACUAAAGCAUCCGCCAACUCCUGGACAGUCUGUGGUGCAACGUGGCGUUGGUGGAUGGAGCGAGACAUGAUGUCCCAGAUGUGCUCAAUUGGAUUCAGGUCUGGGGAACGAGCGGGCCAGUCCAUAGCAUCAAUGCCUUCCUCUUGCAGGAACUGCUGACACACUCCAGCCACAUGAGGUCUAGCAUUGUCUUGCAUUAGGAGGAACCCAGGGCCAACCGCACCAGCAUAUGGUCUCACAAGGGGUCUGAGGAUCUCAUCUCGGUACCUAAUGGCAGUCAGGCUACCUCUGGCGAGCACAUGGAGGGCUGUGCGGCCCCCCAAAGAAAUGCCACCCCACACCAUGACUGACCCACCGCCAAACCGGUCAUGCUGGAGGAUGUUGCAGGCAGCAGAACAUUCUCCACGGCGUCUCCAGACUCUGUCACGUCUGUCACGUGCUCAGUGUGAACCUGCUUUCAUCUGUGAAGAGCACAGGGCGCCAGUGGCGAAUUUGCCAAUCUUGGUGUUCUCUGGCAAAUGCCAAACGUCCUGCACGGUGUUGGGCUGUAAGCACAACCCCCACCUGUGGACGUCGGGCCCUCAUACCACCCUCAUGGAGUCUGUUUCUGACCGUUUGCGCAGACACAUGCACAUUUGUGGCCUGCUGGAGGUCAUUUUGCAGGGCUCUGGCAGUGCUCCUCCUGCUCCUCCUUGCACAAAGGCGGAGGUAGCGGUCCUGCUGCUGGGUUGUUGCCCUCCUACGGCCUCCUCAACGUCUCCUGAUGUACUGGCCUGUCUCCUGGUAGCGCCUCCAUGCUCUGGACACUACGCUGACAGACACAGCAAACCUUCUUGCCACAGCUCGCAUUGAUGUGCCAUCCUGGGUGAGCUGCACUACCUGAGCCACUUGUGUGGGUUGUAGACUCCGUCUCAUGCUACCACUAGAGUGAAAGCACCGCCAGCAUUCAAAAGUGACCAAAACAUCAGCCAGGAAGCAUAGGAACUGAGAAGUGGUCUGUGGUCACCACCUGCAGAACCACUUCUUUUUUGGGGGUGUCUUGCUAAUUGCCUAUAAUUUCCACCUGUUGUCUAUUCCAUUUGCACAACAGCAUGUGAAAUGUAUUGUCAAUCAGUGUUGCUUCCUAAGUGGACAGGUUGAUUUCACAGAAGUGUGAUUGACUUGGAGUUACAUUGUGUUGUUUAAGUGUUCCCUUUAUUUUUUUGAGCAGUGUAUAUAGUUUCCCAGUGUGCUUUGCUGUAGAGGUGAGACCAGACAUAUACAGUUUCCCAGUGUGCUGUGUUGUAGUUUGGUUGACUCUCAGACUACAUGCUGUGGGAAGAAGGAGAGGGAGGUUGGGUUGGAGUGAUUUUGUAACAGAUAAAUUGGUUGGGUUGGAGUGAUUUUGUAACUACAAAUAAACCGUUUUCGUGCCCUGAAGCUAUAGCUGUUUCUGGGUAUGUAUAGUGUGUUUUUGGAGUGUGUAUUACUGUUGAGCAGAUUGUAUAUGGAUUGCUCUGGAAUGGGAGGGCAGCUGUUAUCGCACCCUGAAGGGCACAGAAGUGCUGAUGGAGACUGGAGUAUUGAGCUGCAUCUGCACGUCUCAGCACACACACACACACACACAUCGUAAUUACCAUACACAAAUAAACACACACCACCUGCACCAUACAGAUUUAAUAUGCGCAUACACACUCGCUCAAACCUCAUAUCUACAAAUACAUGAACACACACAUACACUACACAUAAUCUGUGAGUGAUUACUUUGGUCUAACUCUACUUCCCCUACCCCCAGGUGAAGAAGACAUGGGGGGCCACUCUCACCACCCUUCAGGACAUGACAGUGCUGGAUGACUAUGACGUUUCCCAGAGUUUCACCCACAGCCCCUCUUCAGAGUCAGUCAAGUCGAGCGUGUCGGACGGCUACCUAAACAAACCCAGCCUCGCCAAGCGCCGUGCCAACCAACAGGAGACUGAGCUCUUCUACUUUACAGUGAGACACACACACACUCAGGGCCGGCCCUGGACGUUCUGCCGCUCUAGGCAAGACAAAAAACUGGCGUCCCCCUGCUAAACUAUGUACAGCAGGGGUCUGCAAUAGGUUCAGCCUUGGGCCUCUUUUUUUCUCAGCUAGAAAUCGGAGGAACAGAACAUAAUAGCAGCCCAAUCCAUGUGCCUAUGCUACAAAUAAAAACUAAAAACAUCUGGUUAGUAGGCUAUAUAAUCAGUACAAUGUCAAUAACAGCCUAAUAUUUUCAAUCUGAUUACACUGAUAAAAUCACCAAUGUCUCUAUUAAAUUCGUUUUUUAUAUUUCUGUGUGCGUUGAUUGGGGAAAAACAUCUUGCAAUCAAAAGGAAAUGGGCUGAAAAAGUCUCAAAAGAAAGGUGGAGAAUUAAAUAGACGUUUCAGGAAAGAAUGGGCAGAGAAAUAGGCAUUCUUACCAUAUUUCUCCAAUGUCAAACCAGUGUCUUGUUUGCAACAGCUGUUUGCAAAUAAUAAAAUCUUAGACAUCCUUAUGAAUAUAAGCAUGGCACUUUCAAAAGUUACCUUUCCAUCCAGACAGACGCUCUACCGAAGCAGAAAAAUGUAAGCUUCAACUACUGGCUACUCCUCCAUUGCAUAACCCAACAACAGAAGUGCUUCCCUAAAAGCUGCCUGGGUUUAAACAAACGUCUUCUAUUUUCAGAAAGUGAAAACCUCAAUUAAUAGGGACAGAAUAGCAAAGUCAAUUUGUUUGUCUCCUUGAAUAUUAUAGGCUGCAGCUCAGCUUCAGAAUGUCAUAGAGAGGAAUCAAUAUAUCCCCAUAUGCAUCGGAGUCACGUCUUUCGCAUGAAUUUUAAAGCUUGUUUCUACCAUAAGGCUUCACAGAGUUAAGCAUUGUUAUAGAACGCUUUAUAUAAUCUGGAUACUUUUUAUGUAUUUAUUUCCAAAUAUAAAGCUAACAAUAGAUAUCCUUUUUGCCCUUUUCUUUAACAAAGGGUGUGGGAUACCCUCACUCAAUUAGAGCCCAAACACCCAAACACACCAAGCCCUUCCCAAACACGAGGUAUUUAAGGAGUGCAUGCGACUGUAUUGGAGGAUUUGGCUAUACCGACAUCUAUGGAUAGCAUAAUAGUGUUUGUCAAACAGUUAGGCCUACCAUGUUUUUUAAUAGGGAGAAAUAGGCUCCAAUUCUAUAUGCAAUUCUAUGAUUAGGCCCAUAACAUUUUUUUGGUGCGCGCGUGCACAUAUAGGAGGUCCAUUACCGGGCAAAAAUGAAUUUUACAUUAACCCCUGCAUCGGAGAGUUACAAUGUUGCAAUCACUAUGCAGCCAGCUGCCUAUAGUAGGAAACAGAGUUUCUUACUAAUAAUAUGACACCUGUUAUCACACAUGGCACAAACCCACAAUUGUUACAAUAGAAAUAACACUUUUAUUUAACAUAUUUAACAUAUUAUUUAAUAUUCCUGUAGAACUGUAAAAAGAGUGAGAUAAUUUGAGUUUUGGAAACAAGUGCUUUCAUAAAGGCGGGACUCGUUUCGUUGGAGCAGUGUAAAAUAAGCUUUCUGUCAAUGACCCAGCCUUAACGAAUUUUGUUUAUUUACAUAUCAAAUUUGAUUGUCAAACAUCAGUUUCAGCAUUUCUUCAUUUCGUGGCCCGCCUAGUGGCCUCUUUCCUCUGCUGUGGUGCUGCAUUGCAGUCAGCGAUGUUCUCUCGGUAGCUGUCAAUGGUCCUGAAAUCAAAUAAUCAGAGAGCGAGAUUAGGAUGUAGUCUAUUUAAGUCUAAUAAUUACGGAGUAAACAGGCGAUAGAUAAUUGAGUAAUCUUACAAAUUACUCUGUGAUAGAAUUAGUUUAUGAUCAAGGCUUACCUUUUCAAAGACAAGUUGACUCGCCUGGCCUUCCUGGCAGCAAAAGCAUACACUGCUUCUUGGAGGUUGAUUUUGUAACGCACAGGUUUCAUAGCCCCCAUCCGGCUCUGAGGGAUUUCACUGUGAGUCCAUCUUUUACAUUCUCUUUCAGCAAGUCCCAGCGAUGUGUAGAUCCGGAUAAAAAUUUAUAAAUCUCUUGGAUGGUGUUAAAAACUCAGCCGCCUCCAAGCAACAAGAUGCUGCAUCAGAGAGAACCAAGUUCAGCGAGUGUGCGCUGCAUGGCCGAAAAAAGGCCCUUGGAUUGAUAUCCUGCUGCAGCAGCAGCACAACUGUCAUCCGGGACGUGGAGCGACGAAUCUGAGUCCGGGUCCUAGAUAGUAGGGUCCCUGCUGGCAUUGUUUGGAGGUGUGGCUAGGCCUCGUGCGACCAAAUGUUCUUGUCCACCCAGAAAGCUGUCAUCAUCGGUGGAAGUGGAUGGCUCAGACUCCUCCGGUUCGCCCUCUUCGCUGCUAGAACCAGUGAACGGGGGUUCGUCCUUCUCGGCGAAUGAACGGCCUGUCCUCGGAGGCAUGUUGAAUCUCUUUGGUUUAGAGAUUGGGCCUCUUUUCUCGUUCGUUUUAAAAAAAUAUUCGCUUCCUGAUAGUUUUUGUCUCUUAGACAUGGUAGCAAAUUUGGUUGCAAAUCUUAACAGGCUAGGUUAGGCUACUGCCUUGAUCACUAAUCAUCUUCCUCACACACAAACAUUAAAAAACAAUACAAUAGUUUAAUUGGCUGAUUGAUUUGUAUUAAUGUUUCACAAUUGGAUAAUCCCGUAAAAACACACACAUAUCACCAUAGCUACCAAUGAUAGUGGGAAUGAACUUCGGGGAGAAGCGGGACUGGGGUGGGGGCGGGAACUGCAGCAACGGCUAUGAGCUGGUGGCUGGGGCGACUGCCUAAUCUUGCCUAAUGGGAGGGCCGGCCCUGCACACACUCACAGACAUACAGACAUACACACAGGCUAGAUGAUAUAGUUAGGUAGAUGUACAGUUAAUAAAAGCUGCAUGUUCUUCUGUCUGUGGUCCACAGAAGUUCCGUGAGUAUCUGGAGGGCAGUAAUCUGAUCUCCAAACUACAGGCCAAACACGACCUACUGAAGAAAGCCAUGGCCGAGGGUAAGAGACCCCACAUUCUAUCUUGCUGUCUCAUUCUUUCUUGCUGUCUACCCUCUCUCUCUUCGUUAGCCUGAUCCACCAUCUUGAAUGCUGCGCUCUCGUUUUGUUUCACUUGAAUCCGUGUAGUGGAACAGAAUGUAAGCUUGCGAUAUCAGGAUGGUCGAACAAGGCUUUCUUUUUGGAACUCUUAUCUCUCUCACUGCCUCUCUUUUACGGCUUAGAAAUAUGCCUUAUGUGCUAAUGCCCUCCCCGUCUGCCAAUAAAACGCCUGCCCUCUCUCUGUCUGCCUGUGUCUUUCAUGUCUCUCCAGGGUAUAUAGCAGACACGCUGACUACCAGGUAUAGCUCUUAAAACUAUAAACAUUUUAUUGACUGAAGCACUGUUUUAGCUGUUUCUUUCUUUUAGAUUGUCUCACCUCUUGUCUUUGAGCUCUGCAAAACAAAACAAAACUUGUCUCUGCUUCUCUCCUUCUAGCCGUGGACGAAAGAACUCCCAUAGCAAACACCAGGUAAUGUUUCCACUCUUCCUCCCGCUGCUUGUGUCUGUGUGUGGUUGGCCUCUGCUGGUUGCUUAAUUGCAUGGGAUGUGUUUUUUAGGACUCGACUAAAGCCAUUCCUCUGCUGGUGGAGAGCUGUAUCCGCUACAUCAACCUCCAUGGUGAGUCCGACUGUUUAUUUUAUUUUAUUUCACCUUUAUUUAACCAGGUAAGCCAGUUGAGAACAAGUUCUCAUUUACAACUGCGACCUGGCAAAGAUAAAGCAAAGCAGUGCGGGGAAAAAAAACAACAACACAGAGUUACACAUGGAAUAAACAAAACGUACAGUCAAUAACACAAUAGAAAAUCUAUAUACAGUGUGUGCAAAUGUAGUAAGUUAUGGAGGGAAGGCAAUAAAUAGGCCAUAGUGCAAAAUAAUUACAAUUAUAAUUUAGUAUUAACAUUGGAGUGAUAGAUGUGCAGAAUAUGAUGUGCAAAUAUAGAUACUGGGGUGCAAAUGAGCAAAAUAAAUAACAAUGUAAAUAACAAUAUGGGGAUGAGGUAGUUGGGUGGGCUAAUUACAGAUGGCUGUGUACAGGUGCAGUGAUCGGUAAGCUUCUCUGACAACUGAUGCUUAAAGAUAGUGAGGGAGAGAAGUGUCUCCAGCUUCAGAGAUUUUUGCAGUUCGUUCCAGUCAUUUGCAGCAGAGAACUGGAAGGAAUGGCAACCAAAGGAGGUGUUGGCUUUGGGGAUGACCAGUAAGAUAUACCUGCUGGAACGCAUACUACGGGUGGGUGUUGCUAUGGUGACCAAUGAGCUAAGAUAAGGCGGGGAUUUGCCUAGAAGGGAUUUAUAGAUGACCUGGAGCUAGUGGGUUUGGCGACGAAUAUGUAGUGAGGGCCAGCCAACGAGAGCGUACAGGUCACAAUGGUGGGUAGUAUAUGGGGCUUUGGUGACAAAACGGAUGGCACUGUGAUACACUACAUCCAAUUUGCUGAGUAGAGUGUUGGAAGCUAUUUUGUAAAUGACAUCGCCGAAGUCAAGGAUCAGUAGGAUAGUCAGUUUUACGAGGGCAUGUUUAGCAGAGUGAAGGAGGCUUUGUUGCGAAAUAGGAAGCCGAUUCUAGAUUUAACUUUGGAUUGGAGAUGCUUAAAUGUGAGUCUGGAAGGAGAGUUUACGGUAUAACCAGACACCUAGGUAUUUGUAGUUGUCCACAUAUUCUAAGUCAGACCCGCCGAGAAUUAGUGAUUCUAGUCGGGCAGGCGGGUACAAGCAGCGUUCGAUUGAAGAGCAUGCAUUUAGUUUUACUAGCGUUUAAGAGCAGUUGGAGGCCACGGAAGGAGUGUUGUAUGGCAUUGAAGCUCGUUUGGAGGUUUGUUAACACAGUGUCCAAUGAAGGGCCAGAUGUAUACAAAAUGGUGUCGUCUGCGUAGAGGUGGAUCUGAGAGUCACCAGCAGCAAGAGCGACAUCAUUGAUAUACACAGAGAAUAGAGUCGGCCCGAGAAUUGAACCCUGUGGCACCCCCAUAGAGACUGCCAGAGGUCCAGACAACAGGCCCUCCGAUUUGACACAUUGAACUCUAUCUGAGAAGUAGUUGGUGAACCAGGCGAGGCAGUCAUUUGAGAAACCAAGGCUAUUUAGUCUGCCAAUAAGAAUGCGGUGAUUGAGAGAGUCAAAAGCCUUGGCCAGGUCAAUGAAGACGGCUGCACAGUACUGUCUUUUAUCGAUUGCGGUUAUUAAAUCGUUUAGGACCUUGAGCGUGGCUGAAGUGCACCCAUGACCAGCUCGGAAACCAGAUUGCAUAGCGGAGAAGGUACGGUGGGAUUCUAAAUGGUCGGUGAUCUGUUUGUUAACUUGGCUUUCAAAUACUUUCGAAGGGCAGGAUGGAUAUAGGUCUGUAACAGUUUGGAUCUAGAGUGUCACCCCCUUUGAAGAGGGGGAUGACCGCGGCAGCUUUCCAUUCUCUGGGGAUCUCAGACGAUACGAAAGAGAGGUUGAACAGGCUGGUGAUAGGGGUUGCGACAAUUUCGGCAGCUAAUUUUAGAAAGAAAGGGUCCAGAUUGUCUAGGCCAGCUGAUUUGAUGGGGUCCAGAUUUUGCAGCUCUUUCAGAACAUCAGCUAUCUGAAUUUGGGUGAAGGACAAGCGGGGGGGCAUGGGCAAGUUGCAGCGGAGGGUGCAGAGCUGGUGGCCGGUGUAGGGGUAGCCAAGUGGAAAGCAUGGCCAGCCAUAGCAAAAUGCUUGUUGAAAUUUUCGAUUAUCGUAGAUUUAUCGGUAGUGACAGUGUUUCCUAGCCUCAGUGCAGUUGGCAGUUGGAAGGAGGUGCUCUUAUUCUCCAUGGACUUUACAGUGUCCCAAAACUUUUUGGAGUUAGUGCUACAGGAUGCAAAUUUCUGUUUGAAAAAGUUAGCCUUUGCUUUCCUAACUGAUUGUGUAUAUUGGUUCCUGACUUCCCUGAAAAGUUGCAUAUCGUGGGGACUGUUCGAUGCCAAUGCCGUACGCCACAAUGUUUUUGUGCUGGUCAAGGGCAGUCAAGUCUGGGGUGAACCAGGGGCUAUAUCUGUUCUUAGUUGUGCAUUUUUUGAAUGGGGCGUGCUUAUUUAAGAUGGAGAGGAAAGCACUUUUUAAAGAACAACCAAGCAUCCGCUACUGACGGAAUGAGGUCAAUAUCCAUCCAGGAUACACGGGCCAGGUCAAUUAGAAAGGCCUGCUCGCUGAAGUGUUUUAGGGAGCGUUUGACAGUGAUGAGGGGUGGUCGUUUGAUCGCGGACCCAUUACGGACGCAGGCAAUGAGGCAGUGAUCGCUGAGAUCCUGGUUGAAGACAGCAGAGGUGUAUUUAGAGGGUAAAUUAAUCAGGAUGAUAUCUAUGAGGGUGCCCAUGUUAACGGAUUUAGGGUUGUACCUGGUAGGUUCCUUGAUAAUUUGUGUGAGAUUGAGGGCAUCUAGUUUAGAUUGUAGGAUGGCUGGGGUGUUAAGCAUAUCCCAGUUUAGGUCACCAAGCAAUACAAACUCUGAGGAUAGAUGGGGGGCAAUCAAUUCACAUAUGGUGUUCAGGGCACAGCUGGGGGCUGAGGGGGGUCUGUAGCAAGCAGCAACAGUGAGAGACUUAUUUCUGGAAAGGUGGAUUUUUAGAAGUAGAAGCUCAAACUGUUUGGACACAGACCUGGAUAGUAUGAUAGACCUCUGCAGUAGAUUGCAACUCCGCCCCCUUUGGCAGUUCUAUCUAGACGGAAAAUGUUAUAGUUGGGAAUGGAGAUUUCAGAAUCGCAGUGAAUAAGUCAAACUUAGGGAGGAGGCUUCUGAUGUUAACAUGCAAGAAACCAAGGCUUUUGCGAUUAUAGAAGUCAACAAAUGAUAGCGCCUGGGGAGCAGGAGUGAUACUGGGGGCUACAGGGCCUGGGUUAACCUCUACAUCACCAGAGGAACAGAGGAGGAGUAGAAUAAGGAUAUGGCUAAAGGCUUUAAGAACUGGUCUUCUAGUGCGUUGGGUACAGAGAAAAAAAGGGGCAGAUUUCCGGCCGUUGUAGAAUAGAUUCAGGGCAUUAUGUACAGACAAGGAUAUGGAAGGAUAUGAGUACAGUGGAGGUAAACCUAAGCGUUGGGUAAAGAUGAAAGAGAUAGCAUCACUGGAGGUACCGAUUGAGCCAGUCUCCGCGUGUGUGGGGGUGGGACAAAAGAGCUAUCUGAGACAGGUUGAGCAGGACUGGGGGCUCUACAUUGAAAAAGUACAGUUAGAACUAACCGAAACAGCAAUAGGCAAGGCAUAUUGACAUGGGAGAGAGGCAUAAAGCAGUCACAGGUGUUAUUCGAGAGAGCUAAGACAACAGCUGGUAAUGGCGAUGAAAGUUUGAGCUGAGACUAAACAGAUAAACAGGAUGGGGUACCGUAUAAAGGAACAUUCUAGCAUAUAGGAACAGUCCAGCAGGCAUCAGCAGUGUAGCUGAGUGAUCAUAACGUUGGCUAAUAGCAAGUAGCUAGUUAGCUGGCUAGUUUCAGCCAGAGGUUCUGGAUAAAAAUAUAUGAAGAAAUAAUAGAAACCGUUCCACACAGAGGUAGAUAGCCGGGAGAUGGGCCUGGCUCGAGACUAGCUCAAGGCUAACUGGAGUUAGCUUCAGGACAAUGGUGAUUAGCCAACAACGACAACAGCCAUUUGGUUGCAGCUAGCUAGUUGCGAUGAUCCGGUGUUAAGGUCCAGUGAUUCAGUGAUUCCGGCAGAAAAUCCGAUAUGCUCUGGCUCGAUAGCGCGAUGUGCAGACUGGCCGAUAAUUGUCCAGGCUAGAGCUGGCUGGUAGGUAGUGCAGGCCACGGUGAAGACCGCUAACGGUGGCUAAUAGCAAGUAGCUAGUUACAGUGGGGGGGGGGGGGGGGGGGGGGGAGUAUUUAGUCAGCCACCAAUUGUGCAAGUUCUCCCACUUAAAAAGAUGAGAGGCCUGUAAUUUUCAUCAUAGGUACACGUCAACUAUGACAGACAAAAUGAGAUUUUUUUUCUCCAGAAAAUCACAUUGUAGGAUUUUUUAUGAAUUUAUUUGCAAAUUAUGGUGGAAAGUAAGUAUUUGGUCAAUAACAAAAGUUUCUCAAUACUUUGUUAUAUACCCUUUGUUGGCAAUGACACAGGUCAAACGUUUCCUGUAAGUCUUCACAAGGUUUUCACACACUGUUGCUGGUAUUUUGGACCAUUCCUCCAUGCAGAUCUCCUCUAGAGCAGUGAUGUUUUGGGGCUGUCGCUGGGCAACACGGACUUUCAACUCCCUCCAAAGAUUUUCUAUGGGGUUGAGAUCUGGAGACUGGCUAGGCCACUCCAGGACCUUGAAAUGCUUCUUACGAAGCCACUCCUUCGUUGGCGGGCGGUGUGUUUGGGAUCAUUGUCAUGCUGAAAGACCCAGCCACGUUUCAUCUUCAAUGCCCUUGCUGAUGGAAGGAGGUUUUCACUCAAAAUCUCACGAUACAUGGCCCCAUUCAUUCUUUCCUUUACACGGAUCAGUCGUCCUGGUCCCUUUGCAGAAAAACAGCCCCAAAGCAUGAUGUUUCCAACCCCAUGCUUCACAGUAGGUAUGGUGUUCUUUGGAUGCAACUCAGCAUUCUUUGUCCUCCAAACACGACGAGUUGAGUUUUUACCAAAAAGUUCUAUUUUGGUUUCAUCUGACCAUAUGACAUUCUCCCAAUCCUCUUCUGGAUCAUCCAAAUGCACUCUAGCAAACUUCAGACGGGCCUGGACAUGUACUGGCUUAAGCAGGGGGACACGUCUGGCACUGCAGGAUUUGAGUCCCUGGCGGCGUAGUGUGUUACUGAUGGUAGGCUUUGUUACUUUGGUCCCAGCUCUCUGCAGGUCAUUCACUAGGUCCCCCCGUGUGGUUCUGGGAUUUUUGCUCACCGUUCUUGUGAUCAUUUUGACCCCACGGGGUGAGAUCUUGCGUGGAGCCCCAGAUCGAGGGAGAUUAUCAGUGGUCUUGUAUGUCUUCCAUUUCCUAAUAAUUGCUCCCACAGUUGAUUUCUUCAAACCAAGCUGCUUACCUAUUGCAGAUUCAGUCUUCCCAGCCUGGUGCAGGUCUACAAUUUUGUUUCUGGUGUCCUUUGACAGCUCUUUGGUCUUGGCCAUAGUGGAGUUUGGAGUGUGACUGUUUGAGGUUGUGGACAGGUGUCUUUUAUACUGAUAACAAGUUCAAACAGGUGCCAUUAAUACAGGUAACGAGUGGAGGACAGAGGAGCCUCUUAAAGAAGAAGUUACAGGUCUGUGAGAGCCAGAAAUCUUGCUUGUUUGUAGGUGACCAAAUACUUAUUUUCCACCAUAAUUUGCAAAUAAAUUCAUUAAAAAUCCUACAAUGUGAUUUUCUGGAGAAAGAAAAUCUCAAUUUGUCUGUCAUAGUUGACGUGUACCUAUGAUGAAAAUUACAGGCCUCUCAUCUUUUUAAGUGGGAGAACUUGCACAAUUGGUGGCUGACUAAAUACUUUUUUUCCCCACUGUAGCUGGCUAGUUUCAGCCAGAGGUUCUGGAUUAAAAUGUAUGAAGAAAUAAUAGAAUCCGUUCCACAUUGGGUGAGGCAGGUUGCAAGAAAGUAUAUUUAGUUAAAGGAUGGAAAGUGAGAUUGAGAAAUAUAUACGAAAAAGACAAAAGAAACAAAAAACUGGCUAUUUACAUGAGAACACUACAGAAAACACGACCACACUGCUAUGCCAUCUUGGACUGUUGAAAACAACAUGGUGGAUCCUCCACUUAGCCUAUUUGGGGGCUAGGGGUUAGCAGCCAAAUCCAUACUGCUUACACCUAUCAAGUCCUUUCACGUUCCUCUGUGUACUGACACAUGAUUAGACUCUCAUAACCGCCUCUCCAUCUCCUUCAGGUCUUCAGCACCAGGGCAUAUUCCGUGUGUCGGGGUCGCAGGUGGAGGUCAAUGACAUCAAGAACUCAUUUGAGAGAGGUGAGAGGUCACUGUGAGGUCAUCAUACUUGUGCUUCCAGGUCAGGGGAGAGGAAACUGACCAUGUCCGUCUCUGUUGCCAAGGUAACGACCCCCUGAUUGACGAGGAGAAUAACCAUGACAUCAACUCUGUGGCCGGUGUGCUGAAGCUCUACUUCCGGGGGCUGGAGAACCCCCUCUUUCCCAAGGAAAGGUUCAACGACCUCAUUUCCUGUGUCUGUAAGUAGCACUUCCUUCCUCUAUGGUGUGGGGAGGUGGCGGGACAGGGAUCACUGUUUUAAGGGGGGGGGGGGGGGGGGGUUGUUUUUUGUGUGUAUGCAAUUAGUAUGUGUGUUUGUAAAAAUGAUCAGCUGUGAAGGUUUUGUGAUUUACCAUGACUGCAGGUGACAUUUGGACAGCUCUAACAUGCAAAAUGACCUUAUCAGCAGUCGAUAUGGACCUUAAUUCAAAACGUAUUUAAAAUGCAACAGAUUCCAAUUGUUAUUCAUGCUUCACAUAAAUGCACCGUUCGUUUUAGGUCUCCAUAAAUGAUCAGCGCCUGUUUACAUUUUAGUCAUUUAGCAAACGCUCUUAUCUAGAGCGACUUACAGUUAGUGAGUGCAUACAUUAUUAUUUAUUUUUUCCCCAUACUGGCCCCCCGUGGGAAUCGAACCCACAACCCUGGCGUUGCAAGCGCCAUGCUCUACCAACUGAGCUACACGACAACUGACAUUCAUUGACAAAAAGAGCAGUUUUGAAAUGCAGUGAUUAAAAAGUGCUAUGAGUACUACAUUCAUGUCAAAAUGGGUCCCUCUGUAUCUCUCACUCUGUAUCUUGCUUGCUCUCUUCCUCCCACACACAAUCUCCCAGUCCUUUGUCUCCAACUCACUUAGUUUCUUUCUGAAACACACACAGAGAGCUAGCUGCCUCUCUCUGUUGGCUGCUUAUAUUCCAGGAUGUGUCAGGAUUACACCUCAUGCUUUCUUGGGAAUAUUACUGACAGCUGGUGUGUGUGUGUGUGUGUUCCCACAGGUAUAGAGAGCCUGUAUGACAGAGCUCAGUGUAUUCGUAAGAUUCUGCUGGGUGUUCCACGGGCGACACUGGUCGUGAUGAGAUACCUGUUCGCCUUCCUCAACCAGUGAGUGUCUCUACGCUAACACAAAACCACACAUGAACCACGUCUGGGCUAGUCUAGAACCCACAGAACCAGUACUGGGUAAAUCUAUAACCCAUAGAACAACACAGAACCAGUUCUGGGUUAGUCUAGAACAUAUAGAACCAAGCAGAACCAGAUCUGGGCUAGUCAAGAACACACAGAACCAGGUCUGGGCUAGUCUAUAACAUAUAGAAACACAGAACCAGGUAUGGACUAAUAUAGAACGACAAAGAACCAGUACUGGGUUAGUCUAGAACACACAGAACCAGUACUGGAUUAGUCAAACACACAGAACCAGUCCCGGGUUAGUCUAGAACAUAUAGGUCCGCAGUAGUCUAGAUCACACAGAACCACACACAACACGGUCUGUCUGUCUGUCUGUAUUUGGCUGAACACGAUGUCUCAUCUCUGCAGCUCCAAAUAGAGAUGGAGGAGGAAGUGUGAACGGGAGGAAAGAGAGAGAAGUGUGAGGUGCAGGUGUGAUCUACCACAGCAGAGUCUGAAUGUUAGAUUGCAGAAUGUUAGAUUGUAGUAUUCAGUAUGAGUAUGAAGAACAUUCAGUAUACUUAUAUUUGUAUCCUGGAGUUAGUGUUUUACUUCCUGCCUGGUCAUGUGAUGUUGGUGUUUAAAUAGUAACAUUUGCCCUGUGCCCCCAUGCCCAGCUUAUCCCAGUACAGCGAUGAGAACAUGAUGGAUGCUGGGAACCUGGCCAUCGUCUUCGGCCCCACCCUGCUGCCCACGCCCGACGCCCUGGACCAGGUGGCCUGCCAGGCGCAUGUUAAUGAGGUCAUCAAGACGGUCAUCCUGCACCACGACAACAUCUUCCCCGACCCCCCGGAGCUGCCUGGGCCCAAUCUA